AUGCUUACACAUUUUCCAUCUAAAAUAGUACCAAAAGUACAUUUUGCUACAGAAUAUAGUCAAAUAAUCAAUGAUUAUGGUCCAGCAACAAAGUUAUGGUGUAUGCGUUAUGAGGCUUAUCAUUGUUAUUUUAAAAAAAUUGCACUUAGAUCGAAUAAUUUCAAGAAUAUAUCGAAGACGCUGGCCACACGGUAUCAACUAAGACAAAUAUUUAGGUCAUCAAAAAUGAUACAAAUGAAAAAUUUUGAUGAAGCUGUUGGAAUACAAAAAGUUCAUAAUAUUCAAUUCAAUAGUAAAAUGAAGCAGGUCUUACUUGAUCAUUUUGGUGUUAUUAAUUUUGCUCAAGAUUUACUUCAAUGCAAAAAAUAUUCUUAUGAAAAUGUUGAAUACUGUCGAUCUGAGAAUGAAGUUGAUGGCGAAACUCUUGCAAUGAUGGAUAGCAUCGAAAAAACAACCACAUUAUUUCCAAAGUUAAAACAACAACUCUUAUUCUUAAAAGAACGAGAAAAACUAUUUAAAGGUCUAAAUGACAGUACAAUUUCAAGUCUUGAUUCAUCAUCAAUUAAUUCAACACAUUAUAGUUCAAUUUCUUCUGGUUUUGAACCAAUAAUUAAUCUUUCCACAAGUGAUUCUAUGAAUGAUCAAGCAUUUGAGAAAUCAAUGAUCAAAGAACAAUCGAACUCUUUUUUUCCUGAUGUAUAUACAGUUCCAACUUUACCAUCAUCUUUACUUCAAGAUAUAGAAUCAGGUGCAUUACAUAAGUUUGGACCACAUCAUACAAAUCGUCAAAUACUUAUUGAUAUAAUCACACAUGACCUAAUAAAUCGACAUAAUCUUUUCUAUCCAACUCAUAAACAAUUUGAUAAUAUUGGUACAGCUAUUGUUCAAACAUUAAAGAUACCAUUGACAAAAGAUAAUAUAGGUAUUUGGAAAGAUGCUAUUCAAACAAAAUUAAAAAGAAAACGUCUUGAACAUCGAGAUCAUGUUGAAGUGAAAAACUAUCAGUUAAAAUAUUCAAGAUUUGGUUCAGGUCGUCCAGUCAAAAAGAUGAUUGGCGAAUAUGUUGCACGUGAUCGACAAAAACAAAUUAUGGUAUUAAAUUACGAUGAUGAUACACUAAAUGACAUCCAAUGUAAAGCUAAACAAUUACGAGAUGAUUCCCAAAUUGAUGUUAAUACUCGGUUGCAUUUAUGGAAAGAAACAGUUCAUCUUCGACGAAAAACUAUACGUGAUCGACCAACAUCCGAAACUCUUGAAGAAUUUCCUGGUUAUAAAGAUCCGGUGUUCAUUUUUGAAGAAGUGAAAAUGACUAUGGGAGUGGAUUUACGUUCAAUUGUACGUCGACAUAUACCUAUUUUACUGGAAAAAAUAACCACAACGCCUGGUUUUAUUACAGAUUCUCCACCUAUUCAACUUAUUCGUGUGCUUUGUCGAGCAUUUGAAGAAACUAUUCAUCAUGUAUAUUGCAGUACGGCGCCAUUGACACCAUAUCCAACAUUGGUCUUCAUCAAUGAUGUUAUUCACGUUUAUGUUGAUUUUCUACCUAUUGUUGCAACAACAUCAACUGAUGAUGCUUUAGCACUAUUAUUGGCGAUGUACGCUAUAUUUGAAUUAAAUUUUCAUAAAUACAGUCGUUCUAUACGUUUAUUAUAUGCAAUCUUUUUUUCUGACAAACGAUUUCUAUCCAAUACACUUCGUCAAUUUGUACAGGAUAAACAAAUCGAUAUUUAUUCUGAAUUAAAUCAAAAACAAUCCAUUAACAAAAACCCGAUUGUCAACAAAACCACACAAAGUAACUAUAAUUCUUCAUAUUUCUCAAACGUAAAACUUUUUCAAUCAGGUUUAUCUAUCAUUGAACAAGAAAAUUCUAUAAAUGAAAAUAUUCCCAACGUAGACGUUGACACCUCUUCAAAUAAUGAUAAUAUUGAUGAUCUAUGUUCUACAUCAUUUGAUUCUCCAACACAAUCGAUGACUCAACAAAAACAACAACAAUCAUUACGUAAUACAACAACACAAAAAAGUUCCAUUACACACAUUCACAAAGAUGAUGAAAAUGAAAAUGAUACUUCAAUACUUUCUCACACGAUGUUACAUCGUGUGCCAAAAGAAACACGAAAAAGAAGACGUCGAUUUUAA